AUGACGCAAUCCCGCGUCAGCGCCUUCGCGACGGACGUCGUUCGGGCAUUCGUUGACAUGCCGGCCUCCCGCGCUGAGGAGCUGCCCGAGUUCCAUCGUCUGUGCGUGGCGUACGCGAUGCUCAUCAUCUCAAAAUACGAACAGAAGCCGUCGGCGACCGGGGGCUUGCCGUCCGACGCAGAUGACGUGGUGCUGACGCUGCUCCGCGACGCUCAGAAACACAACGGCGUCACGGGGAACAGCGCGCCGUCGGCGAUACAAUUCGGACUAGAGAGGGCCCUAAAGAAGGUUUCCUCACGCAUCGAGGGCCGCCUGUGUGCCGCCGGGGGUCACCAUGGAAUGCUUGGGGUGGGAUUGUCUGAACUGGGGGUGGGUGGAAGCCAACCACCGGGGCCGGCGGCGGCGGCGGCUCCGACUUGGACGCAGACGACACAACAGCAGCAGCGGGGCACGCCGGGGCAACAGUACGAUCACCCAUCUUCCUCUUUCACGGGAGAAACUCUGGUCCCCGAGUUCGACAGUUCUCUGUCCUUAGAGACGAUGGAUUUCUUUUUCAGCGGCGGACACCUCGGGCUUGGAGACCACUCAUUCUUUUGA